GAUAAUUCAAAAUACAGUAUGCUCAAUGAAUAAAUAGUGUAUUGAAAAGUCACACUGAAAUUUGCAAAUCCCUUCAAUCUACACUUAGAAAAAGAAAGCAACCACGAAGACUGAAGAAAAAUUUGAUUUAUUGAAAAUUUGAAGAUGAGAUUAAUGUUUGAAUCUGAUUUUGAUUUGAGAUAAGUUUGAAUGGUUAAUAUUCAAUUUCCACUAUGAUUCUAUUCAUGCAAAUUAUUAUUCCACUAUAAUAUUUUGUUUUUUAUAAUCUCUCCUUCCCAAACAGUGUUGUCGGCAAACAAAUCCUAGAACCUGACAAGCAAAUCCCAGAUCCCACGAGAAAAUCUCAGAUUCCGGUGAACAAUCGGCCGAUUAUGAUAAGCUCAAAUACGAUGCCGACUAAUCCUUCUUAUGUCUGAUUUUGAUGGUUCUGAUUCCGAUUAUGAGACUCGGCAAGUUCGACCGAAAGGAAACUAAAUUUGUAACGCUCCAAAUUUAUCAGACCAUAAUCUGAACAAUAUUUACAUGUCAUUUAGGUUCUUGCUACGAUUUUAACUUUGUAGUUAGCAGACAAAUUUGGUCGCCGGCUUUUACUUAUUGUUUCUUCAUCUGCAAUGGCUUUGAGUCUUUUGGUUGUUUCAAUAUCAUUCUACUUGAAGGAAUAUAUAUCACCAGAUUCUGAUUUAUAUGCGACAUUGAGCCUCGUAUCGGUGGCUGGAGUUGUGGUCAUGGUUAUUGCAUUCUCUCUGGGAUUAGGAGCAAUGCCAUGGAUUAUAAUGUCUGAGAUUCUUCCGAUUAACAUCAAAGGCCUAGCUGGAAGUUUUGCAACACUUGCCAAUUGGUUCUUUUCCUGGUUGGUUACAUUAGCAGCAAAUUUGCUCUUGGAUUGGAGUUCGGGAGGAACCUUCACAAUAUAUACUGCAGUGUGUGUUUUCACAGCAGGAUUUGUUGCCAUUUGGGUCCCCGAGACAAAGGGAAAAACUCUUGAAGAAAUACAACAGUUUUUCAGAUGAAGUUUCCUUUCGAGUAGCACUUCAGCUAGUGUUCACUCAUGUAUUCACAUUCAUAUUUUUUUUUUCUGAAUCAACUCAAUUCAUUUUUGUGCUCUUUGGUCUUGUUAAAUAUGAAAAAUACCAAGGGGCAAGGGAUACUUGAAAGUAUCAAUUGAUAUUUGUUUAGAUGGAGAUGUUCCAUUGUCGUCAAGCCUCAUUCGCGUAGAUGAUGAUGCUGGAUAUUUGAAAGUAUCCCUCUACAACAAUGGAACAUGUCCAUCUAAACAAAUAUCAAUUUUAUCUUCAAAAGAUAAGGGACCAAAAAUAUAAGGGGAUUACGCAGCAAAUCGAGUCAGUUGCAUCAAAAAAAAAGGUUCAUGCUAUUGAUAUUGAACAAAAAGAGGUUGUUGCUAAGAAGACUGCUGCUAGCAAAAAAAACAUACAUCUCAGAGAUGCUUUUGCUACUUAGUUUUAUUUCUUUUUAAGUUAUGAAUUGGUUGUAUAUUUAGAAUCUU